GUGUACUUAGCUGGAAGAAACGAGGUGGGGAGAGAGAGUGAGAUCAAGAUUGAGAUCUUAAGAAAGAGAGCAAGGAGGAAGAGCCGGUGGGGAGCAGGUCCUUCCCCCGGGAGCCGCAUUGAGACUGUAGGCACCGCCGGGCGCCGAAUGGCUGUUUUCUAACUGGGAUCCUCGGUGACGUAUGGCUGCCUGCCCCUUGGCAGCUGUCUUUAUGGACCAGUAGGCAGAGCAAAAUUGACGCUGACAAGACUUUUGCAUCUUGGAAGGGACUGUAAUCUACUGUAGUGAAGAACAGAGCCUCUCAAUCAGACGAGUGUAAAUAAGAGACGGAGGGGAGUCCAAAAGAAAAGGAAGAGGAGGAAAAACAAGUGUGUAUUGGGGGGAGCAGGGGCAAAAGCAUUUUUGGUGGAUGGUAUGAAGCCAGCCAUGGAAACUGCAGCCGAGGAAAAUACUGAACAAAGCCAAGAGAGAAAAGUGAACAGCAGAGCUGAAAUGGAAAUUGGCAGGUACCACUGGAUGUACCCAGGCUCAAAGAACCACCAGUACCAUCCUGUGCCAACCCUGGGGGACAGGGCUAGCCCCUUGAGCAGUCCAGGCUGCUUUGAAUGCUGCAUCAAGUGUCUGGGAGGAGUCCCCUAUGCCUCCCUGGUGGCCACCAUCCUCUGCUUCUCCGGGGUGGCCUUGUUCUGCGGCUGUGGGCAUGUGGCUCUUGCAGGCACCGUGGCGAUUCUUGAGCAACACUUCUCCACCAAUGCCAGUGACCAUGCCUUGCUGAGUGAAGUGAUACAACUGAUGCAGUAUGUCAUCUAUGGAAUUGCAUCCUUUUUCUUCUUGUAUGGGAUCAUUCUGUUGGCAGAAGGCUUUUACACCACAAGUGCAGUGAAAGAGCUGCACGGUGAGUUUAAAACAACCGCCUGUGGCCGAUGCAUCAGUGGAAUGUUUGUUUUCCUCACCUAUGUGCUUGGAGUGGCCUGGCUGGGUGUGUUUGGUUUCUCAGCGGUGCCCGUGUUUAUGUUCUACAACAUAUGGUCAACUUGUGAAGUCAUCAAGUCACCGCAGACCAACGGGACCACGGGUGUGGAGCAGAUCUGUGUGGAUAUCCGACAAUAUGGCAUCAUUCCUUGGAAUGCAUUCCCAGGAAAAAUAUGUGGCUCUGCCUUGGAGAACAUCUGCAACACAAAUGAGUUCUACAUGUCCUAUCACCUGUUCAUUGUGGCCUGUGCAGGAGCUGGUGCCACCGUCAUUGCCCUGCUGAUCUACAUGAUGGCUACUACAUAUAACUAUGCGGUUUUGAAGUUUAAGAGUCGGGAAGAUUGCUGCACUAAAUUCUAAAUUGCAUAAGGAGUUUUAGAGAGCUAUGCUCUGUAGCAUGAAAUAUCACUGACACUCCAGACUAAAGCAGAGUCUAGGUUUCUGCAGUUUUAUUACAGUAAUUUGUAAAUAGCUUUUAGUAUACUCAUCUUGCAUGGUAGAUUAAUAAGAUGACUUACUGUACAUGAAUUACACAAUAAUGAGAUCUGGCUAUUUCCAUAUUUUGAAAAGGAUUGAGUUAUUUACUGACACUGGUGAGCAUCCUUUGAAAAAUAUGUUCUCAUACUUUAGAGAGCAGUAUCUUUAAAUGAAGUAUUAACACUUUGGAAUAAUUAUUUUGUUAUUUUUGAUUGCUUGAUAACCAGUUUCAAUGAUGAAAAUGAAAAGGGCUGAAGAUGAAAUGGAAGAGAACUGUUUUAAGCUGGAUUUUGUUUUGUCAUACUCUUUCUGGAAAAUACUUAGCAAAUAUUUUCUAAAUUUAAAACAAUUCUUUAAUGAUUUCAUGGUUGACUACCAAAUGACCGUCAAAUAAGCCAGAUGAAAAUUUGAAGGAAAAAAAAAAAAAGGAUUUAUAUGUGGAUAGUGUUUUUUUUUUCUUCACAACACAAUCAUUCCUUUAGAGCCCACAAAAUUGGUAACCUUAAAUUGUGUGUUUUGGUAAGUAGUAACUGUUUCCUCGUAGCUAGUUCUCAAACUGCAUGUAAUAUUUUAAAGGGAAGAGAAACUAGGCCUGGACAUGAAGGUCUCAAAUAUGUUGAGAUGGAAGUAUGAACUAUAAGGAACUUGAGAUGUGGAUUUAUUUUGUAGGAAAUAGGAAAAUAAACAGGAAAGAAGUGUUUGCUGCAAAGUGUAAAGAAUGAUACUGAGGAUUUUUACAUUUUAUGAAAUGAAAUAAUGGCAUUUACAAAAUGAAAAGUAGUUUCACAACUAAAUUUUGUUAACAGACUGCAUGCUUAUGCUUUUAAUUUUGGUUUUGACAUUUUUUUCCAUGUUGACUAUGUAGUUUAUUUACUCAAAAAUAAACAUUGUUCAUACUUUUAGGCCUUUGGGGGAACUGAUUUUUAUCCACAGGUAGAAAAUGUGUUUGCACAUACUACACUUAUUUAAAAUAUACACUGUGUUCCUGAACUUCUGCAUUGGUCUUUAAAAAUUACUCUCAAAAUGGUAAAGCAGCACCCUCUCAUAUUUCAUUUUUGCUUUUUCUUAACAAUACCUUUGGCCAUUUUUUUUUCCAGUUCACUAUGUUUGUCUACUAACUUUUCUUCAGCCUUUUAAUGCAAAGCCAACUAGUAGAGCAUGCUUACAGGAUCUGACAGCUCUGCUAGUAGAGAGAGUAUUAAUACAGAAUAACCUUCGCCCCCUUUAAAGUCAAGUCCGUCUAAUCUAACUAGCGCCUCGCUUUGCCUUCUCACAUGCUCACUAGCCAUCAUGCUCACCCUUCUCUUCCAGAUCCACUUCCUCAUGAUACUGUCUUCUAACUGGGCUUACUUAAAGGAUGCGAGCAAAAUGCAGGCUUACCAGGAUAUCAAAGCAAAGGAAGAACAGGAACUGCAAGAUAUCCAGUCUCGGUCAAAAGAACAACUCAAUUCUUACACAUAAAUGUUUGCCAGAGUGUUUCAGCGACGUAUUUACAGCUCUGACAAAUCAUCGGCUGCUCUGCAGUACAGAUGUGUACCCCACCAAACUAAUGUAGAUGUACAAACACUUCACUGUCUGUCUCAAGCUGCUGGGAUGUAUCUCUAGGAAAACCUUCCAGUGGGUAAAUCUUUUUCUUUAGAGCAAAUAUUGGAGGUUUCAUGUUAGCCAUUUUAAAAGGCAACACUUUGACAAAAUGAUCGUUCAUACUUUGGGAAUUUGUGGCAUGUUCACAUUUAUUGCUAGAGCAAUUCUAAGACACUCAAUGGAAUAUGUCACUCUCUUUGAUAGGGACCUGUGACAUGCCAGCAUCAAGGGGUAAGACCAUAAAUUCACAUAUUUUCGGACAUCUGUCCUCUAAGUGUUAUCUACAUAGGAAACAAAAUGGAAUUUUAUUUCAUUUAUGUAAAAUGUGUGGUGUGAAGUUCCAUUUCUGACAGCUGACAUUUAUUAAACUUUGGCUCAAAGUUAACAUGAUUCUUAUGACUGACUUUUCAAAGUAGCUUUUCCCUCCCAAGUCUAGGACCCAUUAAUUUCCUGAGCCAAUCACAACUAUAUUUUUCAAUAAUGCUAAAAUUAGCUACAAUCCCGCUGACCCUACUACAAAAGAAUCUGACUCAUUGACAAGCUUUCCAGAAAUAAUUUUAUAAUAGCAUUUUAUCAAAAUACUGAUCCAGUUUUCAUUAUUUGUGGGAAAUAAAUGUCAGCUCUGCCUUAAUGAGUAUUUGCUUUAAAUUUCUAAGAAUUUAUAUCAUAACCAGAGACCCAAAUAUCUUUCACAGAAUUUUGUUCCAUAAAUGUUUUUCUUAAGAAGUGUUACCUUAUUAAAAUGACCGCCAUUCUAAACCAUUUUUCUGUGGUCUGGAUAGUAAGUUUACAGUUUCAUACCAACUAUUGAAAACCUAAUUGCAAAUUGACCACAGACCUCUAACCUCCUACUUUUAUAGACUUGAAUACUUAAGUAAUUUAAAUUAGGGUUGGUUUUCAUUUUUUCUUAUCUAAAUCUUAAUUUCCUGGAAUAAUAAAGUUUGAUGUUCAGCAAGGAAACUGCUUGAGUUUAAGCCAUUUUCAAAAGAAACUUGCCUUCUACAUUAUUGUGUUCCAGAACAUUAAGUGACUAUAGGUACUGGGUAUUAGUGAUGGUAAACUUUGUGUUGUUCUUUAUGAAAUGAUCCAUAUAACUAUUGGGUGCAUCAGUGCUUUUCAAAGGGGCUGCUUACUAUAGGGUUAACUAUGUAUAUUCAUUGUUAAGAGUUAACUUGUGGUUUGGCUGUUUCCUGGAUUUUAUAACAUAUACAUGUGCAGAAAUGUAUUCAAAUGAAAGGAAGCAUACCUUUAUCAAGAUGCUAUUAAAAUUGAACAUCAAGUAUAAUAUUUCAUUUGGAUUCUUUUUUUUUGGUUAAUGCCUAAAAAUGCCUAUUUGGGAUUUUUUUUUUUUUUUUAUGGAGACAAGCUCUCUUCUGUGUAGAAUGGGCAUUCCAAGACAGCUUAGUGCAUAGUUUUCCUGUUGCAUGACAGAUUUAACUAUUCUUUCCAGCAGUGGAGGUGCUGUCAGAGUCCAGUGUUCUAGAAGAGGCAGUGUCUAACGCCUAAUUAAUUUUACUUUUCUAAUUCUGGUAGCUAUUACCAGGAAUUUUUGAAAGUUUUGUUUAAGUAGUCUAAUAUUUUUUAUGUAAAGAGCAUUAAAUUUUGCUAUGUAUAAAUUUUUGUAACCUAACAGCGAAUCAAUAUUUUCUAUCAGUGCCAAGGGCUUCCUGUAGUUCUAUUCAAGUGUUACAAUAAAUAUUUGUAGAUAAUAGUCAAUACUUGUGUAUGCUUAUUUUAAAGAUCUAUUUAGGUGGAAAUAGUUGUGGAUGUACUAAGAGUAAUGAAAUAAAAUUAUAGCUUCA